AUGUGUGUGGCAGACUCAGGGUUUGAGUUACAGGCUGACUGGAAGUUCUGGGCACUAUAUAACAAAUCAGGGCACCCUCGUAAAUGUUUAAAUAUUCAUAUGUACACGCCUAUAACUGCUAAAUAUUUAAUGAUGGUCCAGCCCUCUAGAGUCAAGGUGUCAUCUGAAAUGUGGUUGGAAUCACACUCCCCAUCUGCCCACUGUCUGCUACUACUCUCUGUCUGGUAGAAGGAGUAGACAGCCCCCUAUCCCCACUUUAUCUGCACAUUUCUUAAUUUCUCUUUCUUGUAUUUUUUCAGGAGAUGCGUCAAUCAGUGCAGAGGAAUCACAGGUAUCGAUCCAGGUUUAGAUGUUCCAUAUUAUUGUAGAGAAAAACAUACUGUAUACGGUUAUGCGGUUCAGUCCAGUAUUAUUUGCACAUAGUCAAAUCAGUCAGGAAGUAGUAAACAAACAAACGAACAAACCUUUGACCUCUCUGCCCCACCUCUGCCUCCCCCAGACAUUAGACCUGAGCUGGAACCCAUUCUCCUGUGGGGGUCUGUAUCUGUCUGACCAGUGGCUGGUGGACAGGUUGAGGGGGCAGCAGUGCACUCAGAGCAGACAGUUCCUCAUCGUACUGGCACUCUGA